AGGUCGAGAAUGAACUGCUCGUGGUCGGGGGACGACUCUUUAGCUGAGUUGCAGUUAACGUCCUUCAACUGUUCAGUGUUGUUUAACUACACAAUAGAGCACCAUGACCAUGUAUAUAGCGAAGGUCUUUACGAUGUGCCGGGAGGACUGAUAGCUCUCCUGUCCGUGUUCUAUGGCACAAUAUCUGUGGUGGCGGUGGUGGGCAACUCGCUGGUCAUGUGGAUUGUUGCCACAAGCAGAAGGAUGCAGAACGUCACCAAUUGCUUCAUUGCGAAUCUGGCUCUUGCCGACAUCGUCAUUGGCUUGUUCGCUAUUCCAUUCCAGUUCCAGGCCGCUUUACUCCAGAGGUGGAACCUCCCACACUUCAUGUGUGCGUUCUGCCCGUUCGUGCAGGUAUUGACUGUCAAUGUGUCCGUGUUCACGCUUACUGCUAUAGCCGUGGACAGGCAUCGUGCCAUCCUCAACCCGCUUAGCGCAAGACCUUCCAAAUUACGAGCCAAGAUAUCCAUAGCAUGCAUUUGGUGUGUCGCAGGGAUCUUAGCUGCACCCAUGGCUAUUGCACUCAGAGUAGCCAUUGUCGAGGAAGUCGAUUCUAAGGGCAGGUUGCACACGAAGCCGUUCUGCUACAACGUCAACAUGUCGGACGAGGCAAUGCUCAGUUAUCGCUUCGUGCUGUUUUUCGUGCAAUACUUCACGCCGCUGUGCGUCAUCUCGUGCGUGUAUGUGCGCAUGGCGCUGCGCCUCUGGGGAUCCCGGGCGCCCGGCAACGCUCAGGACAGCCGAGACGCCAACCUCAUGAAGAACAAGAAAAAGGUUAUAAAGAUGUUGGUGAUCGUAGUCGCACUCUUCGGCCUAUGUUGGCUGCCCCUGCAAACCUACAACGUCCUCCAGGACGUCUUUCCUGAGAUCAACAAGUAUCGAUACAUCAACGUUAUAUGGUUCUGCUGUGACUGGUUAGCUAUGAGCAACAGCUGUUACAAUCCCUUCAUAUACGGAAUAUACAAUGAGAAAUUCAAGCGAGAGUUCAAGCAACGGUUUCCGUUUCACCAGAGGAAGUGGAUGACGGGAAGCGGAGGUGACAGUGUUGACUUGGAGAAGACAUAUCUGGGCGGCCGUGGCUCCGUGCAUUCUUCCCACAGUCCGGGAUACGACUGGAGACGGUCGUACAGAGCCACGUCACACAACGGUGCCGCACAGUACAGCCGCGCUUCCUCCAGAGCCAAAGACUUGUACGUGUUCCACAACAAGAGUUCCACCGUGGUCAGGCAGGCCAGCAACACCGAGCUUGAAGAAUUGUGCUUAUAAACACUUUAGGAUUAGUGCUCAUAUCUCGAGCACAGGUCGUACAGAGCCACGUCACACAACGGUGCCGCACAGUACAGCCGCGCUUCCUCCAGAGCCAAAGACUUGUACGUGUUCCACAACAAGAGUUCCACCGUGGUCAGGCAGGCCAGCAACACCGAGCUUGAAGAAUUGUGCUUAUAAACACUUUAGGAUUAGUGCUCAUAUCUCGAGCACAGGUCGUAUAGUUAGGGGUACAUCUGGAAUUGUACUCUGUAAAGUACUACGUUUACGUGUUCCACAACAAGAGUUCCACAGUGGUCAGGGAAGCCAGCAACGCAGAUCUUAGAGAAUUGUGUUAUAAACAUUAUGUGGUAAAUCUGGGGAGGUUUAUAAUUUACAGAAAUAAUUUUGCGUAUUUACAAUAAUCCAAUACAGUGUAUUAUAGGACUCGAUAGAACGUAGCAAAUUCUGUACUGAACGAACUGUAAAUUUAUUCCCGGUUGUUGCAGCUUCGUUGGACCUGUGGUCCUCAAAGUCAAUAGAGGGUUUGCUCGGCCAAGAAGACCCGAUUUUCCGAGUUUAAAAUCUGUAGGACCAUUCUAUCAAGAGAUAUAUAGUACAUAUGGACGGACUACACAUACUUGAUUUUAAGAAGGACCUCUCGGGACCUUAACAUACGAUUUAAGACGUUCACGUAUGCCAGCAAUACCUAGCUCGAGGAGUUGUAUAGUAUAAGCUCAAAUGUUUAUAGCUUGAGCAGUUGUCGUAUAGUUUGAAGUAAAAUUUGAAGGCACUCUAAAGUCUUUUACGGCACUUAUACAGCAAGAGCUGGAGGUCAGGAAUUGUCGUUUGACAAAUCGAGGCUUAGCCUGUUAAACUCAUUACUUAUGCUAUUGUGAUAUGUAGCUAUAACAGCUGGUUCAAUUUUCUAGCUAGAUGUUUUGGAGGUAUAACAAGAAGUGAUUGUUCAGAACGAAACUAGUAUGAUUUCCAUCAAAAGGAUUUUACCAUGGUCAGGAGCUGUUGAUAAAAUAUGAUGUUUUAAACAAAUAAUAUCACACAAAAUGAAAUAUGGAAACAUAGAAUAUUUUUAUGAGUUAUGAUAAAACGUAGAUACUAUCUUAAGUGUAGUAAUGUUAUAUUU